AUGGGCUGUCUGGGCGGCAAAACAGAUGAAGAACGACUGGAUGAAAAGGCAAAGAGAGAAGCAAAUAAGAAGAUUGAGAAGCAGCUGCAGAGGGAACGACAGACGUACAAAGCUACACACAGACUCUUACUGCUUGGUGCAGGAGAAUCGGGUAAAAGCACCAUUGUCAAACAGAUGAGGAUUCUUCAUGUGGACGGCUUUAAUGCUGAUGCGGAGAAGCAGCAAAAGGUUCAGGACAUCAGGAAGAACGUGAAGGACGCCAUCGUGACAAUUGUGUCAGCUAUGACUAUUCUGGCUCCGCCCAUUCCCCUGGGUAACCCUGGUAACCAGUUCAGAGCGGACUACAUCAAGAGCAUCGGUCCUCUGUCUGACUUUGAAUACACCGAGGAGUUCUUUGAGCAUGCUCAGAAGCUGUGGGAGGACGACGGUGUGAAGGCGUGCUUUGAGCGUGCCAAUGAAUAUCAGCUGAUUGACUGCGCUCAGUACUUCCUGAAUCGGCUGGAAUCAGUUCGGAGGCCCGAUUACUCACCCACCGACCAGGACCUGCUGCGCUGCAGAGUUCUGACUUCAGGGAUUUUUGAAACCAGUUUUCAGGUGGACAAAGUCAACUUCCAUAUGUUUGAUGUAGGAGGACAGCGGGACGAACGCAGGAAGUGGAUUCAGUGCUUCAAUGAUGUGACCGCCAUCAUCUUCGUGGCAGCGAGCAGCAGCUACAACAUGGUGAUCCGUGAGGACAACUCCACCAAUCGGCUGCGAGAAUCUCUGGACCUCUUCAGAUCCAUCUGGACCAACAGGUUCCUGAAGACUAUUUCAGUGAUCCUCUUCCUGAACAAACAGGAUGUUCUUGCUGAGAAGAUUCUGGCUGGAAAGUCGAAGCUGGAGGAUUAUUUCCCAGAAUAUAACAACUACCAGCUUCCUGCUGAUGCUGUUCCAGACACUGAUGAAGACCCCAAAGUGAUGAGGGCCAAGUUCUUCAUCAGAGAUGAGUUUCUGAGGAUCAGUACAGCGAGCGGUGACGGCAAACAUUACUGCUACCCUCACUUCACCUGUGCUGUUGACACCGAGAACAUCCGCCGUGUCUUCAACGACUGCCGUGACAUCAUCCAGCGGAUGCACCUGCGGCAGUAUGAACUGCUCUGACUGCUGGGCGCCGCCUGGCCCCGGCCACUCUGAA